AUGAAGUUCGUCAAAUUCCGCGUUCGAGUUUCGCCCCUGGUGGUGCUUCUGGUUUGUAUAGAGGCACUCAAUGCGCGAACGGUUUCCAAUCGGAAGCGGGACUUCGAUUUUGAGUUUGACGGUUCCAAUACGGCUUCUUAUCACGCUUCCAAAUCCGGCUACAGUGCAGGCAGUGGACUCCGAUCGAUUGCCCAAGGUUCGGCAGAUCAGGCCAACACAGCUGUUCACAAUCAGGUUGCAGCCGCCAAACAGGCUGCUUACAUUGCGCAAAGCACCUUGGCACAGGCUGCAGCACAAGCAGCGGCCACAGCUCAGGCGGCACUAGCAGGAAAGCAGGUUCUUCUACAAGGGCUUGAGCAACAAAGUCUAGAGGCACAUCAGGCACUGGAGAGCGAAAUCCAACAAAUGCAUCAGGCUAAAAAGGCUGCGAAAUCAUCGCAGUAUUCUGCGCAACAAGCUUUGAAUCACGUGCAAGUUUUGACAGCAGCUCUAAACAAUGCACAGGUUGCAUCCGAGCAUGCACAACAAGCGGCCAGUGAAGCCGCAACAGAACUAGCGUCCCAAACCCAGAUGGUUGGUACCGCCAAAGCCCGCGUCGAAGCCAUCGAAGAACAGCUGAAGGCAGCCCAGGUGGACUAUGAAGCAACGCAAGAAGCGGCCCACAAGGCAGCCUUCUCGGCUCAGGAAGCGCAGAAGAAUGCGGCCGAAGCGGCAGCUCACGCAGCCAUUCCGCACCAACUGGAACCGCAGCAUCACCAGUUUCAGGCGAAGGUCUCCAAGCAGCCCCAGCACGAACCGGAGGAUGACAUCAACAGCGGUGAGCUGGAUGUCGAAUCCGGUCACAAUUUUGGUUAG